GUAACGAGAAAGAGAAGUACAACUGCAUUUUGGAAAUUAUGAAUGUUGCUGUGUGUGAAGGUCUCAGGGAGAUAUUCAAACAGGAAUGGGACAAAAAUUACGGUGCAACAAAAGGCGUAUGGGACGACACUCGUAAGUCUGGUAAUGAAUUGUAUAACAUGGAAAGCACAAGGCGGCAUGCUAAACCUUAUUUAAUUUUUUUUCAAUCUGGAAAAAGAAGUGAAUGGGAUUGCUCUGCUUUGUUUGAUGCAAUUCUAUAUUCUAAUGCGAUUAAGAAGCACUUGAGUCCACAUGUGUCCAACAAGGUUGAUGAAUUGAGGAAACUUCGAAACGAACUCACACAUACAAUUGGAUCUCAACACAAAAUCUCUGUUGUUGAAUUUGAGAACGCUUAUAAAAAAGUACAGAACUGCUUCAAAGUCCUUAAGUUAUCUGCAGCAGAUGUUGAGAAAAUUUUAAAAUCAUUCAAAGCUAAAUACGUAACUAGUUUUCGAAAAAUGAUUUAUCUUUGCCUAGUAUUUAUUGCUGGGUUACUUUCCAGCGCAUCCUAUUAUUGGUUUACACACCCCAUGGCAACUAAAUCAGUUUUCCGUUUCCGAGUCCUCCCAACAAGACCAAUUCAUCUGGUUGCAAACCGAAGUCAAACUGUCAACGCGAUUCUUGAAGAAUUGCACAAUCUAUCCAUCAGAAAUAAGCGUUCGUUGACAUAUUUGUACCUUUCUGGAAAUCCAGGAAGUGGCAAGUCUCAGCUUGCUAGGUUAGUAGGGCAACGCUAUGGCACAAACAUCUCCGGAAGUUGGUCUGACAACACCUCUUUUGUUAUGACUUUAAGAGGAGGAUCAACGCGUGAUAUCUUGGAAUCGUAUGCAAAUUUCGCACGUCGCCUGGAUUGCACUGAAAAAGACAUAGCGAACAUUGUAAAUUCCAACAGAACUACAACAGUGAUGAAAAUACAAAGUCUUAAAGUAAGCAUUGCAAAAAUUUUGGCAAACUUCAAAAAUAAAUACACUUGGUUGUUGAUAGUUGACAAUGUUGUAAAGCUGAGUGAAAUAUCUUCAUUUCUCCCUCAACUGGAAGAUGAAGACUGGCAAGGUGGUCAAGUGUUCAUUACCACACAAGACAUGUCAUCUGUUCCACCAAACAGUUUUUUGACUGUCCAUUUUUCAAUUAGUCAAGGUAUGGAUCCAGAAGAAUCAUGUGAAUUUCUUACAGAUCUAUCAGGACUUGUUGAGAAUCACGAAUUAGUGAGUAAAGUAGCAAAGGAAUUAGAUCAUCAACCUCUUGCCUUGGCCUCCGCCGGAUUUUACGUCAAACAAGUUCGGGAAAGCAAAGUAUCCUCACAGUUUACUUGGAAAGAUUAUUUAAAAAAACUAGAUGAAGGAAUUCGAAAGCGGGAACUAACUGAGAUGAAACUAACCAAAGCAAAUAAGCCAGCAUAUCCGUUGACCAUGUCCACAGCUGUUCUAUUGGCCGUCAAGAUGUCUGCAGAGUGCGAUCCUGUUUUAAAACAUGCAUUUACGUUUCUUUCUUAUGUAUCCCAUGAAGUUCAAUCACUGCAGGUUGUCGUCAGCUAUGUUCUUGGUGUUGAUAAAGAAAAAGAUAAAGAGGAUGUUGGACUUCGAAUUCUACAAUGUUCUUUGAUCCUUCCUUCAGAUGAACAAAAAGUUGUUUCAAUAUUAUUGCACCGUGUGGUACACGACAGCAUUAAACUGUACAUUGCAAAUGUCACAGGCGAAAGCUCUAAAUCGGAUGAACCAUUACGCGUCCUUAAGAUACUUCUCUCGAAGAAAUGCGUACUUGGGGAAG